AUGGAUUCUUAUACUGAGAUUUGGACAGAGCAAACCAUUGAGGGAUCGGUUCAAGAUUCAACGAAUGACUCUCAGGAUUAUUCUCUUAUUGAAUCCACGGAAGAGAAUGGGGAUAAGAAUGUCGUAUCGCCUACUUCGAUAUCCUGGCUUUGGCAACCGAUAACCUGGUCCUGGUGGGUCAUUUUACAGAUGACAACUGCACUUUUUGGUAUCGUUGGCAACUCUCUUGUCAUCAUAAUCAUUUUUCAAAGACGAAAGAAGAGUAGAUCCACGGACACACUGGUUGGCGCCCUGGCAGUUGCCGAUCUUAUCACGUCGAUCUUUAUGGUGCCGCUGCCACCAACAAAUCGAGUUCCUUCGACUGCACUCGGCAAUUUUUACUGCAAGGUAGUGUACACAUCAAUGUUCAUGUGGGUUUCGGUUACUGCAUCUAUUUUUACACUCACCUUCAUACCCAUUGAACGCUAUAUUGCCGUGGUGUACCCAUUCCGUUGCAAAGAACUUCUAGCUCCAAGACGAAUCUCAAUUGCCAUAAUCUGCCUUUGGUUCACCGCUUUCAUGUUAACUUCGUUCCUGUUUUUCAUCUCGACUGUUGACCCAUCUGCAGCGCAGUGCAGAGUGAUUUAUCCCAGAAGGUUCCAGAUUGCCAUGGGUGUGUUCCUUUUCCUGAUUGAGUUCCUCUUUCCAGCAAUCCUGACAAUAAACUUUCAAGUCCUUACAGCACAUGCAUUGCAUCGCCAGGCACGACUUCAACUAGGUGAAGCGAAACAGCUUGACAUAUCCAAUCCUUCAACCCGACAUCUCAUCGCCAAGAAACGCGUUCUGCAAACACUAUUUAUCGUAGUUUUGAUCUUUCUGAUCUGCUGGGGGCCUGCUAAUAUAGUCUACCUUGCUUUCAAUCUAGGAUUCAUUCCCGAUUUAUACCUUUAUAGCCCGUUUCACCGCGCUCUUUCAAUUCUAGGAUUCUGCAACUCAUGCGCCAACCCUAUCAUCUAUACUGUUCGCUACCCUGAAUUCCGUACAGCUGUGCGAGAGCUUUUCACCAGAGGUCAGCUCGCAGAGGCUCCACUAUUUGGGGAUAGGGAAACCAAGUAA